AUGGCUGCUACUAUCCGUACCGAUCUUCCAGGUCCCAUUGGGGACAAGAAGCUGGAGAAGAAACCCAUCAAGUUCUCCAACUUGCUUCUCGGCGCUGGUCUCAACCUCUUCGAAGUGACCACCCUCGGACAGCCCCUCGAGGUCGUCAAGACCACCAUGGCUGCCAACCGAGGUGACAGCAUGGCUGCGGCUUUGGGACGCGUCUGGGCCCGUGGUGGUCCUCUGGGCUUCUACCAAGGUCUCAUUCCCUGGGCCUGGAUUGAAGCUUCCAGCAAGGGCGCCGUCCUUCUCUUCGUCGCUUCCGAGGCCGAGUACUACGCCCGUGUCGCCGGUGCCUCUGAGUUUGGCGGCGGUAUCCUUGGUGGUGUCACCGGUGGUGUUGCCCAGGCUUACGCCACCAUGGGUUUCUGCACCUGCAUGAAGACAGUCGAGAUCACCAAGCACAAGAUGGCUGCCUCCGGUGUCAAGCCCCAGUCUACCUUCCAGACCUUUGGUGAGAUCUACCGCAAGGAGGGUAUCCGUGGCAUCAACAAAGGUGUCAACGCUGUCGCUAUCCGACAGAUGACCAAUUGGGGUAGCCGAUUCGGUCUCAGCCGUCUCGCUGAGGGUUGGAUCAAGUCUUUCACUGGCAAGAAGGAGGGCGAGAAGCUGUCCGCUGGUGAGAAGGUCAUCGCUAGUGCUCUUGGUGGUGGUCUCAGCGCCUGGAACCAGCCCAUUGAGGUCAUCCGCGUUGAGAUGCAGAGCAAGAAGGAGGAUCCCAACCGUCCCAAGAAGAUGACGGUCGGAAACACCUUCAAGUACAUUUACGAGACCAACGGCGUCAGGGGUCUUUACCGUGGUAUCGCUCCCCGUAUUUCUCUUGGUAUAUGGCAGACUGUCUGCAUGGUUGCUUUUGGCGAUAUGGCGAAGACUUAUGUUGAGAAGCUGACCGGCGAGUCGGUCACCGCUAAGCAUUAG